GAACAGUAGAGCGGAUGUGAGGUAACGGAAGCUGGAAUCCUGAGGAAAGCGCGAGGCGUUUGUGCGACUGUGGAGGCAUCAUGGCGGCCGGGCCGAUUUCUGAGAGGAACCAGGACGCCACGGUUUAUGUUGGAGGACUUGAUGAGAAGGUGACGGAACCUCUGUUAUGGGAGUUAUUCUUGCAAGCCGGACCGGUGGUGAACACACACAUGCCCAAAGAUAGGGUAACAGGGCAGCACCAAGGUUAUGGUUUUGUGGAGUUCCUGAGUGAGGAAGAUGCAGAUUACGCUAUAAAAAUUAUGAAUAUGAUAAAGCUGUACGGGAAGCCCAUCCGAGUGAAUAAGGCUUCAGCACACAACAAGAAUCUGGAUGUCGGCGCCAACAUCUUCAUCGGAAACCUGGAUCCGGAGAUUGACGAGAAGCUGUUGUACGACACGUUCAGCGCGUUCGGGGUUAUCUUGCAGACCCCAAAGAUUAUGCGAGACCCAGACACUGGGAACUCAAAGGGCUACGCCUUCAUCAAUUUCGCCAGCUUUGAUGCCUCUGAUGCAUCCAUUGAGGCCAUGAAUGGACAGUAUUUGUGCAAUCGGCCCAUCACAGUGUCUUAUGCCUUUAAGAAGGACUCUAAGGGUGAGCGGCAUGGUUCGGCAGCCGAGAGACUGCUGGCUGCACAGAACCCGCUUUCCCAGGCCGACCGACCUCACCAGCUCUUUGCAGAUGCCCCGCCCCCUCCCAGCGUACCGGCCGUCAUUACGUCUCUCACAAGUGCAGUGGCAGCUGGAAUGCCUGCGUUCCCUCCUGUCCCCCCGCCCGGAGCAAUGCCUCCUGGGAUGCCCCCUUCUAUGCCUCCUCCACCCAUGUCUCCAGUUACCGGUGCUGGCCAAGCUGGAGCUGGGGGUCAUCCUCAGGUGCCACAUCCCUUCCAGUCUGCGGGUCUGCAUCCUGGGAUGCAGAUUCCACAUCCUGGGGCCCACAACUUGGGACCCGGUCACCCAGGAGUGUCACAGCUUGCAGCUCGUCCUCACACUAUGGGCCAUCCUGGGCCACCACCGAUGGGAAUGCCUCCACGAGCACCACCAUUUGGCGCCAUGAGUCACCCAGGAAUGCCACCAGGCAUGCGCCCUCCACCUCUGAUGCCACCACACGGCUACAACGGCCCGCCCAGACCUCCUCCAUACGGAUACCAGCGUGGCCCUCUGCCCCCACCCCGGCCUGCUCCACCUCGGGGUCCCAUGAGGCUCCCCAUGUCCCAAUGAGCAGGAGACGGACCUUUCAGCUCUGCAUGUUUUACACCUCUUCACAUGGACAGGUCUACUUUAUUUCUUACCUUCUUUACCAAGUCUGUUUACAAAGAGCGGCGGAAACCAGCAGUCGAGAUGAAUUCAAGCCAUUACAGAUUUACAUUCCACGCCAAGGAAGCAAGGCGUUUCCCUAGAGAUGUGUUAAACAUGCAAACCGUUUGUUUUCUAAUUUUGUUAACUUCUAUUAAGCAUGUUUUUGUAAAUGGUAGAUUGUAAUAAAGAAAUGGUUGCCUGUUUAAA